AUGGCACUAGUUGCAAUUUUCCUUCUUCUUCUUCUUGUUGUUGUAAUUGGCCAUCGGAGAAAGAAAAGAAACUCUGGCCUACUCACAAACUGGCCUGUGGCUGGUAUGAUGCCGGAGCUUCUUGAAAAUAUCACACGCAUCCAUGACUUUGCAACCGAUGUCCUGAAAAACAGUGGUGGAACUUUUGAGUUCAAAGGCCCUUGGUUUGCCAACCAUCAUUUCUUGGUUACCAAUGAUCCUAUCAAUGUGCAUCAUAUCUUGAAUGCAAGUUUUGCAAACUAUCCCAAAGGACCCGAUUUCAAGAAGAUUUUCGAACCCUUUGGAGAUGGGAUUAUCAAUUCCGAGUCGGAUUUAUGGAAAAAUCAAAGAAGAAUGUACCAAACACUCAUCGGACAGAGCAAGUACGAACCGUUUAUUGAGAAAACUAUCCUAGGAAAGGUGGUGGAUGGCCUAAUCCCAGUUCUUGAUCAUGUCUCCAAAUCAUCAAUCCAGGUUGACUUACAGGAUGUGUUUCAGCGGCUCACAUUGGACAAUAUAUGCUUACUGGUUUUAGGCUUUAAUCCUCACUGUCUUUCUGUUGAAUUCCCUAAAGUUGAAUGCAAAAAGGCUUUUGAUGAUGUGGAAGAGAUUAUCUUUCACCGUCACUUUAAGCCACAAAGCUGGUGGAGGUUGCAGAGGUGGCUUCAAAUUGGACGAGAGAAGAAGCUAACAAGAUCAUUGAAAGUGUUUGAUGAUUUCAUAUACAAAUGCAUCGCUUCAAAACGACACGAACUUAGCAAAUUCGAAAUAACAGACGAAUCCAACUUCGACAUGCUCACAACCUACAUGAAAAAGCAAGAGGAGAAGCAAGAACAAGUGGAUUGCAUUUCGAAUUCGGACAAGUUUCUGAGGGACACCGCAUUCAAUCUCAUGGUAGCAGGAGGGGACACCAUAUCUGCAGGGCUCACUUGGGUGAAAGAGACAUGGGGUGAGGAUUGCUUAGAAUUCAAGCCAGAGAGAUGGAUUAGUUGUGAUGGGAAAGAGAUAGUCAAUGUACCAGCUUACAAAUUCACAGCGUAUAAUGCAGGUCCUCAGAGUUGUUUGGGUAAAGGGAUGAGUUUCAUUGUGAUGAAAAUGGUUGCAGCCACUAUGUUAUGGAAUUACAGAGUUGAAGUGGCAGAGGGAUAUCCAAUUUCCCCAAGUUUGUCAAUCGUACUCUAUAUGAAACAUGGUCUCAAAGUUAGCAUUUCGCAUAGAUAA